UCAGUUUUAACAACCUGGAACACAAAGGCAUCUGACAACAAUCAGAGAGGAAAAAUGCAUGAAUAUAAACACCCUUGUUUGGAGUAGAGCUUCCUGGGUUUUGUCAAAUGCUUCACUGAGUGCUUCUUAUGUUCUGCAAGUGCCGAUUAGGCAGAUAAAAACAGGAAAAAAGGUGCCCGGGAAGCAGUUUCCAAGACUGUUCAACUUAGCUAUUAGAAAAUGUUUGUAGGAUACUUAUUUCGAAGUUGGGUUAAUUGGUCUACUUGAUUAAUCCUCUCCCAGGAAGCAAUAAGGAUACUCCAGGACAGUUUUGUUCCCUACACCUCAAGUCCUCAUAUGGACACAUAUCAUACAGAACACUGGCGCUGACUGUUCCUCUGGCUUCAGCGAGCUUCACUGAGCAGAGUGCCGGGUACAGCGCUGGGUGGUAGGACGCUGGCCUGCCUAGGGGUACAGCCAUGUUUCACAAAGAGGAAAAGCAAAACAGAUGUUGACAUUCAUGUUUUUUUCAGCAUUUUGAAUUAUGGUUAGCAAGAGGAAGUAACCUAAUGUUAUUGGAUUUGGUGAUACAUUGGAAAAUAUGUACACAAGCGUUCUCCAUUUCGCUGGUUUCAGUUUAGAACUGUUAAAAAGUGCAGUUGCAUACUAUGACUUAGCUUGAUUAUCAUUUUAAAAAAACUUUCAUUUGAAAUGUGAUUGGUAAAAAAAAAAAAAAACAUACAUUGAUAAAAGUUAGGAAGUUAUUAGGCACCAAUGUGUCACUUAACAGCGACCAUUUUGGAUAAACUGAAAAUAUUAAAUUCACAGAAUACCAAAUCCUUCUGACGUUGAGCCACCAAAAUUAAUGAUGCCUAUUGUUUAUCCUUUUAGAAUGAACCCAACAUUUUUUUCCAACUUUUAUUCUCAAACAACAUAUCUGCCAGGCAUUAGUAGUGCAUUCAAUUUGAUAUGCUGAAAUUUCAUAAUGCACAUCAUAUGUAAAUCAGUUCAGCACGUCUACCUCCCAAGUGUGUAGUGACAUGGUACAAAGUAGAUUGUUAUACCAAUUGUCUUAUUUGCAAUUCCUUUUUGCUUUGCUAUGGUGUUGUAUGAUUCAAGGGACAUUUUGUAAGAGACCACCAAUCUGGCAGCUCCAUUAUAUUUUUUUAAUGAAUAUAUUUUAUGCGCGGCCUAAUUUACUUGAUUUAGUAAACUGUUGGUUAAAAUGAAGGUGUCCAUGUAAAAUAAUAUGGGAAUUGUCAUUGAUGCUUUGUCAUUUUUUCAUUGCAGAAAUAAAUGUGUGGAGGACUUCUGACAGCAAAAUGCACAGUUGAUGACAUACACAUACUCCGAAAAUGGUAAGCAAGAGAGAAUGAAGAAAAGUCCAUAUUUUUCAUAGUAUGUAAAUGGAACAGAGGAUAUGAUUGUCAAUCUUAACUUGUGAUAACUUAAUCUAACUGUGAAGUACUCUAACAGUAAAGCCCAUCAGUGCAACACUGCCUUCUACUGGCCAGCUGACAGAAUUGACUGGCUUCUUUCACUCUUUUCGUAUCCUCAAAUGUUUUAAGUGUUUUCCUUGUUUGGCAGUUUUAAAUGGGAAAUCGUAGUUGCUGAUAUUGAAGAAGAACUGUUAAUGAUAGACAUUUUUGAUUUAUUUUUGCUUUUAAAGAAUAUUGCAUUAUGUAAUAUUCCAAUUUGACUGUUACCAUCUGCAUAUAACAUUUUAUAAUUUAAUUUGAGCACACACAGUACCAUAUCGUACCACGUGAUAACAUUUCACAUUUAUUCACCUCAAUGACAAUAGCCAGUAGCAACCUAAUGUAAAUGUGGUCGUUUUCUUAAGGUAAUGUCAACUUUUAUCAAAUCUACAUAUUUCAUCUUUUGAUUUACUUUUCAAAUGUGUUUUUGCGGCAGAAAAAUUCUAUGUCAAACUGUAACCCAAGGUGCGAAGUGGUUGUCAUGGUAGACUGUAGAGGCUUUCUGGCCGCUGCUGACCAGUGUACAGUAAACGGCCCCUCGCUGGCCGCGUGACGCGGCUUCCAUCCCCACUCGCUCUCUCUCACUCACACACACAACAAGUAACCGACCUGAACUUCCCACAUCUCUGGUCUUUGCAAACAGUCAUCCCCACUAAAUGUAAAAUCAAAAUGACUUACAUUGCCAACCGUGGUCAGCUAUGUAAAAUAAGAAUAGGAGGUAUUAUUUUACUUGAGAUUAUAUUUAAAAAUAAAUCUCACCUCUUGACUUUUAACUCAAUAAUACAGCCUGCAUUGAUAUCCAGAAAUAAACUGGACUGAUCAUUAAAAAACAAAAUAAAAAGUUAAACAAAAUAAAACAUUUCAAAUUUUUGGUGAAAAGUAGUCAAUUAGAGAACAUGGUCCCUGAAAUCAAAAGUUUAUUGAAAUAGCAUGUUGCGCAUUAAUAUUUAGCGUUGUAAUAUAUUGCCUCACUUUAAUUGUUGUGAUAUCUUUAUCCGAGAUGAUACACUUCUUUAAUAACACUUUUUAAUAAGAAUUUAAUAAACAAUUCACAUUUUGAAGGUUAUAUCAGAAUCCCUAUACUUAUAGUGUUUUGCUUUACCAUUCUAGCCGUACAUCUCAGCCAUUCUGAGAAAGGUCAGGAACAUUUAAUGUCAUAACUUAUUGGGGAACAUAAUGUGCUAGAAAGUAAAAUAGUGCUCACUUGGUCAAUAUAUGACCAAGUGAGCACUAUUCACAAGAGGUGAAAUUAGGAUUACCUCCCUCCAAACCCCUCAGCGUGGUCUUUGGUCUUCAGUGUACCUGUGGACUUCUGCUCCCCUCCCCAAAGCACUCUCCAUAUCUCUGGCGAAAUCGAAUUCCAUAGCUGCUAUGCUACAAUGGGAGAACUGUUUGAUGGGCGCUCUGUCUCCUUCUCCCUCCCCUGGUUCAGAUAUUCCCCCUGAUGAGGAACCUGAGCUUCAGAGAGCACCGGCCGGGCACCACCUAUCAUGGCCCUCCAGCCCAGCUCAAUGCAAGCAACGACUCCGAAAAGAGAAAGUAGAACAUUACUGUACAUUAUAUUUGUUUCGGCAUGCAAAAGUGGGAUAAAAUAUUUUUUUAUGUCAUCUAAUGUGAUUUUGUGAGUUGAUUGUACUAUAUGCAAUGGUGAACGUGGCUAAUAUGUACUCAUGUCCAGGUUGACAUUUUAAACUAAAAAAAUAUGUAUAUAGAAUAUCUGCUGUAAUAGUACUCAAUGACUCAAAAAGUUGAAUGUUCAGCACUUUACACUCAAAGUAAAGUGGUUUGGUUACUUACUUAUCAAUUUUUAAAGGCGUGAAGUGUCUUCUGGACAGCAUUGCUACACACAGCCUUGAAUUCCUCCAAAUAAUGUCCAGACUCUGUCUAGAUCAAAUAAUAUUAGCAGUGUAAAGUAAGACAGCCUGUAAAAUGUAGCACCCUAUGUCCAUUUUCUAUGGGCUUUAGUGGAUCCUAUUGUCUGGAGGUAUUUACGCCAAAAGAUAGACAUUUGACACGAGAGGGAAAAGAGGGGGGGGGAGCCCAAAACAAAACAUCGCAUGAUAGUCUUUAAGGAGUUCCAUCUGUCCGGCAGAAAUUUCAGGCUAAUAGCCUGUGGCGCUUCAGCCCACUGCCCUCACUCCCUCUCUCUACCUGAUCAGAAAGUCAGGAAAAAAUGAGAACUUGUGCGGACCCAAGUCAACAGGGCUAGUGGUGAGGGGGAUGAUAAUGAAGAACAAGCCCUAAUUACAGAGGGAGAAAAAAAUGACCCCAAGAACUCGGUGAAGUGGAAAAAAGGCUCAUCAUUCUGGUGUUUUUCUAAAGACUGCGCGCUCUGUGAGCAGAUGACUGCCGCUCACCUUGCCACGGGGUCUGCUUGAGAUUGGUUCAUUGUCAAGGAUUUUUUUUUUUUUUUUUCCCAUGAUUCCAUAUGGUAUGGAGCGGGCUACAUGUUGCCCAACAUGCCAGUGCAAAUGUUUUCUCAAUUAGGUGUCUUAUCUCCGGUGAGUGCACUAGCAUCAGAUGAAGCUUGCUGACAGCGUAAUGGCAGGCAAAACCACGGAAGGCUCCAUCAAAUGGCAGCUCUGCUACGACAUCUCAGCCAGGACUUGGUGGAUGGAUGAAUUCCAUCCUUUCAUCGAAGCACUGCUGCCCCACGUGCGAGCGUUUGCCUACACAUGGUUCAACUUGCAGGCCCGCAAGAGAAAGUACUUCAAGAAGCACGAGAAGCGCAUGUCUAAGGAAGAGGAGCGUGCAGUGAAGGAUGAGCUGCUCAGCGAGAAGCCCGAGGUCAAGCAGAAGUGGGCAUCGCGCCUCCUGGCCAAGCUCCGCAAGGACAUCCGGCCUGAGUUCCGGGAGGAUUUUGUGCUCACCGUCACCGGGAAGAAGCCCCCGUGCUGCGUGCUGUCCAAUCCCGACCAGAAGGGCAAGAUGAGGAGAAUUGACUGCCUGCGCCAGGCAGACAAAGUCUGGAGGUUGGACCUGGUCAUGGUGAUUUUAUUCAAAGGUAUUCCUCUCGAAAGUACUGAUGGCGAAAGGCUGGUAAAGUCCCCACAGUGCUCGAACCCAGGGCUGUGUGUGCAGCCCCAUCACAUUGGAGUUUCAGUAAAGGAGCUCGACCUCUACUUGGCCUAUUUUGUGCAUGCAGAUGGCCAGUCAGACAGUCCCAACCAGCAGAGUGAGUCUGAUAUCAAGGACCAGCCUGAGAACGGGCAUCUUGGCUUCCAGGACAGCUUCGUCACAUCGGGGGUCUUCAGUGUUGCCGAACUCGUGCGAGUCUCACAGACCCCCAUCGCAGCAGGGACGGGUCCUAACUUCUCGCUGGCGGACUUGGACAGCUCCUCCUACUACAGCAUGAGCCCCGGAGCUAUGAGGCGACCCCUACCCAGCACCUCCUCUAGCAGCUCGGCCAAGAGGAUCAAGUGUAUGGAGGAUGAGGUGGACAGUCCAGGAGAGGAGUCCUACUAUCCAGGCCAGGGGCGCUCCCCGGGCAGCGGCAGCCAGGCCAGCAGUUGGCAUGAAGUGGAACCAGCUGGAUAUAAACUGCGUGGCUCGCUAGCUAGUUCGUUCAUCUCAAGACAAGGGAUGCCAUCGCCCACCACAUUAAAGAAGUCAGAGAAGUGUGGUUUCAGCAGCCCUGUCGUGCCUUCGCAGACCACCUCCUCCUCCCCCCGAACGGCAUUCACACACCAUCAUCGGCCUGUCAUUACAGGACCUAGAGCGAGUCCCCACGCCACGCCGUCGAGCCUCCACUUCCCCACGUCGCCCAUCAUCCAGCAGCCUGGCUCCUACUUCUCCCACCCGGCCAUUCGCUAUCACCCCCAGGAGAGCCUCAAGGAGUUUGUCCAACUUGUCUGCCCCGACUCUGGCCAGCAGGGAGGACAGGUGGGCUUCCUUAACAAGUAUGCAGAAAUACCAUGGGGGAAAUACUGUACAAGUGGUCGAAGAGAGAGCACUGCAGUGGAGCCCAACGGGAGCAGUCAGGGGAAGGUCCACAACCCGUUCCUGCCCACCCCCAUGCUGCCCCCUCCGCCCCCGGCCCCCAUGGCGCGCCCCGUGCCCCUGCCUGUGCCAGACUCCAAACCACCCUCCACCUCCGCCGAGGGAGGGGGCAACUCCCCCACCUCGCCAACCUACUCCACACCGAGCACGUCCCCAGCCCAGCGCUUCGUCAGUGUGGGCCCCCGAGACCCUAGCUUUGUAAAUAUCCCUCAGCAGCCCCAGUGGUACCUGGGCUAAGGACUCCAGACCCCCUUGCCGCCCGCUGGACAGAUUACUGGACCCCCUACUUUCUCCCCUGAGUGCGACCCGACCUGCCUGAACCGACCCGACACCCUGUAAUCGUGCCCACCCGUCUGACAGAGAGAAGCCCAACACCCCCCCCCCCCCUCCCCAAUCUGUUGUCGUCUCCUCACCCCCAGCUCCUGAGAGACUAGAGCAUCAGCAUGGCUACAACAAACCCCCCACCCCCCAAAAACAAGAGGAGAGCUACUCACCACUUACAUACAUACACUAUAUAUCAAUAUAGCCUAUAUAUAUCCCCCAUUCAUAUGGUUGGUUUAUAUGCCUAUAUUCAUAUAUAGUACCAGUCCCCUCAACUGUCUAUUGGAAGUGCUAGCUGGAGCUCCGAGAGAGAGCUAGCUGCCUAUAUAUCCUGGGAGGAGCUCAGAGAGAGAGCUAGCAGCCUAUAUAUCCUGGGAGGAGCUCCAAGAGAGAGCUAGCUGCCUAUAUAUCCUGGGAGGAGCUCCGAGAGAGAGCUAGCUGCCUAUAUAUCCUGGGAGGAGCUCCGAGAGAGAGCUAGCUGCCUAUAUAUCCUGGGAGGAGCUCAGAGAGAGAGCUAGCAGCCUAUAUAUCCUGGGAGGAGCUCCGAGAGAGAGCUAGCAGCCUAUAUAUCCUGGGAGGAGCUCCGAGAGAGAGCUAGCAGCCUAUAUAUCCUGGGAGGAGCUCCGAAAGAGAGCUAGCAGCCUAUAUAUCCUGGAAAAGUGCACGUUGUCUUUUUCCUUUCCUUUCUUCUCGUCGACCCCACUUUGCCGCGGAGAGGGAAUGAUCAUGUGACUAAAUCAAAGAGCUUCCCUCUACCUUUCGUCGUCGUAGCCGACCUUUGAAGAAGGUCCGGCGGGCGAGAAAGGCACAGAGAGCUAUGCGUCCUGUGUACGUGUAUGUGCCGAAACGAGGGGAAGAUCAAAGCUCUUGUUUCCUCUCUAUCUUUGCCCCCUUUUUCCCUCUCUGGUUGUUUCCGGACUCUGUUGAGUUUGUUGGGGGUUAUUGCCCCUGGUUGGGUGGCUCGUGGAUGUGGAGGUUUUAGCUGGGUCAGAUACCAACCAGUUAAUACCUCUCACUGACCCCCCCACCCCCCCCACCCCACCCCCAAACCCCCACCCACCAUCUCUCCACACCCAAUCCUAUCCCACACUCAACCCUGAGGAGGGACUCUCCCCCCGCAGCCAUACCAAGAGGCUGAAGGCCUUCACCCGGCCACAGGGCUUUUCCAGGGACAUCUAGCAGUGCAAAUGGAAGCCCAUGCAGAGGAGAACAAGCAACCAACCAUCACAACAUGAACUCAUAGGGCAGGGGACGAGAGAGGGGAUGGGGUAUUGAUGUUUAAUAUCGGUCAAUCGGGUGACAUAUUGAAGCUGGUAAAAAGGCUGCAACGAGAAGAGAAGUAUUUCAACGAGAGGCUUGUGAGAAAAUAACUUCUGUCUGGGAGGCUUGUUCAUGUUUCAUUUUUGUAUAAAGGUAAUUUCAGUUCUUUCCGAUCAACCCACAAACUAACAGUCUGUACGAUGCUAUACAAUGCAAAGGGCAGGUAGAAGGUCUGUAAUUCUACUAACUGACGAGACGGGAGACAUCAAUGACUAACGUGAACAGUGGAAUAUUGAAUUGAGGAAAGUGCAAUUUCGUUGGAUAGCGGUUGGAUAGUUAAAUGUCUUUGUAAGGUUGUUGAAACAAUUGGUGAAAAGUAUAUUUUUCUUCCUAGUCCUUUCUCACCUCCGGGACUCUAAAAUAUCGGGGUACAAAAAAAACGUCAACUACAACGAUAGCCUCGUGAGAAAAUAAGGGGAGCUGUAUUUGCUUUUAUUGUUUUUUAUUUGUUUGUUCAUCUUGUAAAUUUGUUAGUAUUGUAGAACGAAAAAUCCCUUUAUGAAAUCAUAAUUUUAAAGCAUAUUUUGCAGCUUUGAAUCUAGACUGCUAUUAAUUUUUUUUUUACUCAAAGUGAUUAACUUAUUUUAAGAAAGCACAUGAUUUUAAAUAAAGAAGUAGCGGUUAAAAUUUCUCAUGAGGCAAAAUCAGGAACAACAUCUCUGAAGAUAAAAACAGUUUUCUCCAUUUCCUGUUGUAAAAAUUAUCUUAUAUGGGCGUCCAAGUUCUGGUUUGAUUGGCUAGGCCUUCUCUAAGCAUUGUCCAAUCGGAAGCACUUAUUCCUGCAGUUGGCUUAUGGGCUGGGAGUCUAAUCAGGGGGUGGUUCAGUGAGAAAUAGAAAAAGCAGAGGGACCCUCUGUCAGCAUUUGUGUUGCGAACACAUUGAUAUCUACAUCAAGGCAAGAUUGCAACCAGACGGCGAAGCUAUUCAGUCGCUUCGCAUGAAAAUUACCAUUUUAUUAAAGUUUUGUUUUGUUUUUGUUUCCUAUACUAUACAUACUAUAUAUAUACACUCUUAUGACCGACUCAUCCACUGUCGAUCAAAAACUGAAUAAAACUAUUUUAAAAAUCAAAAAAAAAAAAUCUGCAUGUUCUAGUGUUAGUGACACAUUUUUAAAUAGAUUAUGUAGAGUUAGUGGAUAAAGUCACUAUUGUAAUCCCAACACCAGGCACUUGCCAAUAGACUAUAUUUGUUUGGCCCCUCUAGGCUUUUUUUUUACUGCUGUCCUUCACAAUCAACCAGCUGAACGUCUUUAAGACUUAUUCGCUUCUCAUCAUUUCUGAGUCAUUUUUUUUCUCUUUCGUUCCCUCUUGAAAUUAUCAGUUCUCUUUUGUUUCUUAAAGUACAGUAUAUAUUUUUUGUUUGUAUGUUCUCAAAUUGCACGAAACAAUUGUUCCUCAUCAAUGUGCCUUGAGCGAUAGUCUAGUCCCGAGUUGUUGCACAAUGUUCCAAUGUGGAGAGUUAAAUUUUUUCUUUGGAUUAUUUUUUUCAUCCCCCACCUCCCAUUGUGUAGGAGUGAUCAAAGUUGUAAUACUGAUAAGGAACAUUAAAUAUAAUGAAAUUGCUGGUUAUAAUAUGCAGUAUUACAUCUGCCAUUUGAAGACCUCUCAGGCCCGUACAACAGUGCUUUGCUCUCUAUGAGGCAACAUCGAGGUGCUGUGUGUGUACAAGAUCUGAAAUACUAUCUCCAUCUUGUACUGCUGUUAAACUAGGCCAGAGUCAAUCACCCUGAUAUGGCCCCAUUUUUAGUUGUUCAGUGAGUAGGAAUAGAGCUCUUAGGUGCUUUGUAUCUUGUAGAUAGUUUAGUUAACCCCCAAGCCCCCCUACCCGUAACCCAUUUUUGUGUUGAGAAUACUAGUCUAUUGAUAUUUAUGGAUGUUGCUGCAAUUUCUAAAUGGAAACUACUUUUUGUUUUGGAGUCUUCCUGUUUUCUUUGUCUUUUUUCUCCCAGAAAUGAAUAAUGAGAAAGAUAUAUGCAAUACCUGCUUGCACUCAUGUAGACAUACACUAGUCAUUUUAUUUAGCUUUUUUUUUUUUUGUUAGCGUGUACUUGACUGGCUGUGUGGUUGGUGGUCGGUCCAUUUGGCAGACCCACUCCUGGAGAACAAGGGUUUCACAAAGCCUAGUCAGCCUCACUCGGGUAUUUUACUUUAUUUGUAUUCAACACUUACAAGAUGACCGCAAAAUAUAUUAGGGUUCUCCUUUUUGUAUAUUUUUUUGUCACAAGCAAGCCUUUAACAAGUCAAACUUCCUCUCCAUCACAAAAUCCACAUUUUCAACAGACUAAGAAAUAUGACGUCCAACAAUAACAAAGUCCCACUUUCUAUAUCCUCUAUUUCAAACAGACUUCCAAGUUACGUAGAUAUUAAUUGUUUAUCUGUCUAUUACAUAUAUCAUUUCAAAAAACUACAUUUUGAGUAUUGGGAAGCCUUUCCCAAGAUGUCCAACGUGAUGGUUUAGUAGUAACACUUGCGUGGGUUGUGUGUUUCCUUUAGUGGGACGGUUUUGUUUUGUCUUUGUUCUUACCUACCCUUUAGCGAUGAGUUGGGCAUUACUUUCUUCAUUAUCUGCACUAAAUAUGAAAUAAAUGACAAUAGUGAGAAUUAUUGGGAAAAAAACUGCUUCCAGGGCUUAAAAGAGCGAAGGGAAAAAAAACAAUUGCACGGACGUUUUUGUCACUAAACCUUGUGAACAGCCUAGCAUCUAAUCAGCAAGAUUUGGCUGUGUGUAAAAUACGACAAAAUUGCACCCUUUAGAAAGACUAAAAGCAAUAGUUUGGGCAGUCUGUUUUUGUUCUUGUGUUGUGUGUGUGUAAUUUAGUUAUGGGUACGGAAAUGGAGAAAAUAUGUGGUGGUGAUGACAAAGGAAUACCUGAGAAAGAGAAAAAAGGCUAAGGAGCAAGCAGGGCCGAAAGGCCUGACUGUGGGAGACGUGUUGUUUGUAUGUUGUAUAGUUUCAUUAAUUACACUGAUUUUAAAGCUGCCCUAUUUUAUAAUGCAGGACUUUUGUAACAUUGAUUAAAUGAGGAAAAAACUAGUGUUGUGAAUUCUCUGUUUGUAUUAAGGCCACAUUAAUAGAACUGGUUUUGUUUGUUCUCUGGGAACUGGAUUUAAGUUAAACUUUCCUGUUUCCUGUUUUUAUUUUUUCCUUUCCUUUUUGUAUGUAUUUAAGGACUUGUUCUUCUUUUGAUGGUAUAGCAUAUUCCUAUACUUAAAAAGUAUAGGGUGUUGAGGUGAAAAGCCCAUUGUAAAUGGAUGUUACAGUAUGCUGUAUGUUGAAUUUGUUGCAUCAGUGUUGAUGAAGCUAAAUCUAGGUAAUUCUGAGGAAAUUGGUAAGAAGAGUGUUUUUUAUGCAUUUAAAUUUUAGUUUAGGCAGAAGACAAUGACAUAGACAGCCAAAGGAUGCCCCUAUUAUAAAUGCAUCUCGGCAUCUUUUUUUGUGUUCACCAUUCCAUGCAGGAAAAUAAACAGCUUGAUAUGCAA